GGGGGGAAGCUGGGACCCCAGGGCCAAUCAUGCCAGGGCCAAUCGUGCUAGGGUGCUCCCCACCCCAUGCAACCGGCAGUAGGUUCCCCUAUGGGGCCGUCUCAUCCCUUUCCCUUGCACCUGCUGCAUGCCUGGGAGCUGGGCUGGCCCCACUUUGCCCCAGGCAAAGCUUCUUACCCCAAGCAGCCCCCACCAUGAACCCCAUCCUCCCUCCCCAAGUGCCCCCGGGCUGAGCAUCUUACAGGGAGGGGACCCAGGGCUGGCCCAGACUCGUCAGACACAAGGCUGGGCUCCCCAUGGGGUUGCUGGGGCCUUGUUCUGCAUCAUGUGGGGAUGUCUUCUUGCCCCCCUGCCCCAGGUUGGCCUCGCCAUCUGCUACGAUCUGCGCUUCCCUGAAAUCUCCCUUGCACUGGCCCGGGAGGGAGCCGAGAUCCUCACCUUCCCGUCAGCCUUCACUGAGACCACGGGGGCUGCCCAUUGGGAGGUGCUGCUCCGGGCCCGCGCCAUAGAGACCCAGUGCUACGUGGUUGCAGCGGCGCAGACGGGGAAGCACAACGAGCAUCGCUCAUCCUACGGCCACACCAUGGUGGUGGACCCCUGGGGCCGUGUCAUCGCCCAGUGCCAGGAGGGGCCAGGGCUGUGCUACGCAGAGAUCGACCUUCCCUACCUGCACCGCCUGCGCCGGGAGAUGCCCCUCUGGGCUCACCGCCGGCCUGAACUCUAUGGCAGCGUUGGCAUCCUGAAGAAGGCCCCGCUGCUCCACGAGGCUGUUGAAACUGAGGCGGACCCCUGCCAGCCUGGAGACAGCACAGAGGAGAAGCAGGAGGAACCCCCACCCAUCACUCCCUAGUCCAUGAGUGGGUUGUGUCUGUCAGGUUUCCCUUGGUGGAGACACGGAGCCCCUGGGCUGCAUCCAGAGCACAGUACCAGGCUUGGAAGCCUCUUCCUGGGCACAAGGAGCCCUCAGUGCUGCCAGGUGCAGCUGUUCUCUGUGGGGAAGGGGGCAGUAGGAUUCCCCCCGCAAUCGAGGGUCUCCAGAAAAGCCCCAGCUGGCAGGGGCAAGGCAGAGCAGCUGCCCACUGAAGCAGCGACGCAGGGAGCCCGCGAGAUGCAGUAGAUGUUUAUUUCAAGAAAACUGAAAGCUACACAGGGAGUAUGACUGAUAUACUGGAGGCUUAAAAAAUACAGAAGUCACAGAAGUUACACAACUUGUGCCAGAAUUGUCCUCAAACUGGGGAAGGGGGGGUUACGUACGUGUGCGUGCGUGCGCUGGGGGAGGGAGGGGGAGACCGACCGUGCACCCACAACUCAGAAAAUUGGUUAGAAAAAAUGCAGCUCGAUCGCUCACGGCCUCCCACUGACCACGGUCCCCGGCUGCCACCCCCCGCCCCCCCCCCCAAGCCCCUGAUGUCAGAUGAGCAGCUCCAGGGGUAAGGCUGUGACUGGUGGAGACAGGGCCUUGGGGCAGGGCUGUGGGGAAGAUCCAGCAUCUGAGCUGCUGUUUAGAAAGUGACCCCAGGGCCCAGCCCUCGUGGAGAGAGCAGGGCUGGAUCCUGGGACAGGAGAGGGAGCACCACCAGACCCUGGAGGGGGAGAUUAAAAAGCCAUCACUGCCCCACGGCUCAGUUGUGCCUCAUUAGUCUCCAGGGCCCGAGCCAAGCAGGUGAAGCCCUCCUGGUGCCCAGGGCACAUAAAAGGCUAAGUCCGUGAUCGUGCCAAGUUCGGGGGAGGGGGGGGGUGUUGAAGCCUCUCCUCAGAACUUAAGAGCAGCAAUUGUGAGAUUUCAAGCAGGUGUUGCUAGACUGGCCCAGCCUCACCAUCAGCAGGGCUGGGAGGAGGGAUCCCAGCACAUCCUGCACCCCUCAUGCUGGGAUCAGUGCUUCAGCCUGGGCUUCCACCUGGGCCACUGCAGGAUAAAUAGGGGGGGCAGGUGAAGUUAGUGUUGCUAGGCCUCAGCAUGCUGGGCCCAGCCCAGCUUGAGUGAUGGACAGGCCACGCAGGCUCAGCGCCACCCAUGACUGCUUGCUCUGGGACGCCCACUGCCCGCAGUGGAUAGGCCCCGCGCCGACGGCAGCAGCCAGCCCCUGCCUGCACAGCCCUCCCCCCCCCCUUGGCCCCGUGCACAGUGCAAGCCAGUGACUCAGACCACGCUUUAUUGGCAGGAUCAAACAAAGACGGCGCUGGGCCCACGCUGCACAGCUUCCCUGGUACACUCUAGCCCCCCUCCCCACAACAGCCAGGCACAGCGUGGUAGUAGGGACACAGGAGGACUGGAAGGAAGAUGGGGGCAUGGGGCCUGCUCUCCCACACAAGUGCUGGGAGUGGGUGUCACCAUGCUUCACAGCAGCCCCUCAGAGGCUGCCGUAUGCUCUCCCACUGCCAGCCAGGGGAGCUGGGAUGCCCAAGCAACACAGGCUGCGGGGGCCAAGCUCUCUUCUCCAUGCCAACGUGGCACAACUGACAGCUCCUCUGGCCGCUGCCCAUGGGAGGGGGGUUGGGGCUGGCAGACAUGUCAGCCGAUAUCCACACCUCUCUUUAUCCUGGAAAGGUCAGCAUCUGUUCUGGCCGGGGAGGGAAAGGGGCAGGACGGGGUAACGAAGGCACAUGGUUGUGGGGAGGUGAAGCAGAACAGCCCCGUCCGCUCUUGCCCCCAGCACAGGCUACAUCAGUGCAGAGGACUCUUCCCUCACGCCAUGGCAUGGAGCCAGGCAGGGUGGCCCCACUCCCAGCCCCCCAAAGGGCAAUGAGAACCGCUCGGAUGACAACGUGGCCAGAAGCCCUGCUCCUGUCCGAGCCACUCCCAUGGAGCCGCCGCUCUUCUUGCCAACAGAAGGGCCCUGCUGUACCAGGGAGUCAACAGCACCUGCCGGGAGGCAGGAGAGGGCCGUUCUAGUCCCCUGUGCCCAGCCUCCGAAGGAAACACAACUUAGGGGGCAGAGACCAGGCCUAAAACAUCUCAGCUGAGACCCUCUCCUGUGCUAAGCAGCAGAUAGGUGAAGCAGUGCCCAGGCCAGUGCUACGUGGUGCAUCUGGGUUCACAGAUGAUCCCCCCCUCCCCCCCACUCACACCCAAGGAUGCCCCCCUCUCCCUCUGGGGUUCACGCCAUGCACCUAUUCCCUGAUAAAGUGUCUAACAACAGUCCCUCGACCCAAGCCUGGGAUCAGCCCUCCCUCCCCCCCACCCACCUCGCUCACUGACAGGGCCCGGGUACCACGGGAGACUGGUUUUUAAUCAGACAGUACAAAAAACUGCACGGGGGUGGGGGAAGAACGAGGGAAGGGCAACAGGAGCCCCGGCACUGUAGGUGGGUGCUCCCCUUCCUCCUCCGCUCUCAGCCCUGCCCUGGCUCUGGUGGCGCCGCAAGUCCUAGCUCGGCAGUCCGUCGCAGGGCAGGUGGGGCUGGGAGGGGUUUAAAUCAUCUUUUAAAAAAA